AUGACUUUACAGGAAGACGCGUUCUACACCCGUCCAUCCAUCCGCAUCAACGUCCCCGACCAUCUGAAGAAUCUCCUUGUUGACGAUUGGGAGAAUGUCACGAAAUCACUCCUUCUCGUUCCUUUACCGAGUCAAGCUCCAGCAAACUACAUCAUCGACGAAUAUUUCAACGAAGAGAAGUUGAACCGCCUGCCUACUUCGGCUGAUGCGGACAUCCUGGAGGAGUUUUGUGCUGGCUUGAAGAUGUACUUUGAGAAAGCGGUCGGUAAGAUCUUAUUGUACCGCUUUGAGAGAAGUCAGCUAGCAGAGGUUCGGAAGCUCUGGGAGUCCGGACGGUACAAGGAUUGGGAGGGCAAGGGUCCUGGUGAUUGUUAUGGGGCUGAACACCUGACGCGCAUGAUUGUUAACCUGCCGGAGAUGAUUGCUCAAACUAAUAUGGACGCGGAGGCUGUUGCUCGCUUGAAGACCGAACUCAGCAAGUUCACCCUCUGGCUGUCGAGAAACAGUGCGAAAUACUUCUGUGCGAAGUACGAGAAACCCACUGCUGAAUACAUCGAGAAUGCCCGCUAG